AGUGGGUCAACCUGAUGCCGUCACCUUGACCAGAACGUUGUUACGGGGCGCGGUGCGUUACGAAGAGUAUUUUCUCUUAGAAGGCGCACUGAAUUUGAGUCAUUCUUACCAAAGCGCUCAUUUUUGCUGUGCCAGGAGUACUCAAAACAAGGCUUCCCGUUUCAGAUACGUAAACAUAAAAGCCGUCACCAUGGUGAAAACCGCCUGUCUUAUUCUAGUGGCUCUGGCUGCCGGUUGCCACGUGACAAGUGGCCAGCAGCUGCCAUUCUGGGACGCCAACAGCUACGUAGACCAGAUGCUCCUGUCGAGGCUGCCGGCUCACAGGGAGGACAUCGAUCCCCUGGUGGAGCCGGCAUUCGCUCUGCACAACAGUCACGACAAGCGGUACGGCCCGGUGCGUUUCGAAGACUCGAACGUCACCGGCCUCAGCCAGGUCUCCAGGGUGCAGCGCGGAGACCAGUGCGCCAGCGUCACCGACGAGUUCCCGGACAGCGCUAACGUGACGUGUCACGUCAUGUUCGAGGCAGUCACGGUCUAUUUGGACAGCAUUCUGACUCGCUCUGACGACAUCGCGAUGGACAUCAAAGCUAACGUGACGUUCCGGAAAGUGCUGGCCCGCCUCGACGUGCACUUGGCUCCAGUGGUACGACGCAGUGGUGAACCUGACCGUCGGCGCCACCUUCAGUGACCUCCGUUCGACCUUCGAAGGACUCGCCGAGACACCUGAAACGCAGAAACUUAUCUGGGGCUACGAAAAAACGGCGAAGGACAUUGUCGCUCGGGCCAUUACCGUAAACGUAGCGAGUGCGUUGACGAAAGCCGCGUCAGAGCUGGUUUUUCCUUGCUGUCACAGCUGAUGACAUGCAACGAUUAGAGAAGAUGUUAAAUGAAAUCCGCAUAGCUUUACAAUUGAUUGCCGCCAAACAAUCUGCCUCUAAGUGUGAGCAUGGAUAUUCACGCUUAUUCCAAUAAGCACUCUAAAGUAGGCCUAUAAUGUUUUUCUUCAAUUUAGCGUGAGAGAGCCAAACGCAUUCCUUGAAAUAAAGGCUGUGCAUGGUAACUGUGAGGAAGCACCCUUCCCAGGGCUUCCAUACAAAAGAGUUUUACUGCCGGAGACCCCUGGCCAUUGCGUCAACAAGUUCUAGUAUCCUAUCGUGAAAGUCCCUGGUUUCUUUUGCUCGACAGUCCCAACCAAAAAGAGCAUAUAUGAUAACAAGGAUUUGCGUACGCGGACACUUAGAGGCCCCAGCGCUAAAGGUUGGUAAUAGACAGUUUAGUCGGGCUUCCAAAGCAGCUCUACGGAUGCCAACAUGAAGCCGACCAAUAGUACAUGCAAACGAUAUAACUACACCAGGAAGGAAAAACUGGGUGACCCUCAAGCUGGCGGUCCCACUCAGGUGACAACCGUUCCGCAUUUUACGCAUUAUUUGCGGACGCACUGUGUUCGCUGCUGCUUAACGAAUAAAUUUCAAUUAUGUUAAACCAGAAA